UCACACACUCCUCCCUUCCUUGUCAGACAGCUACACCCUUCCGUGAUGCAGCUCAGCUCGUAACCCAUCUGCUUGUGGGCAGUGAUGUAAACGUACCAGCUGCCUCUGAAGAACCACUCUGAAUCCUGCAGGAGGCAGGUCCCUUCCCUGAGCAUCGCUCUCCUCUGCAGCAUAAGUCACUGUCUCGCCAACCACGCCGUGCUUUGCUUGUCCCUAAACCUUCACCUCUACCCAUCUGAGAGUCAGAUGGAGUAAUCCUCUUACAGGUCAAUGAUUAUUAUUUUUUUAUUAUUAUUAUUUUGUUGGUUUUUUGCAGUCUAGCUUCCUUUAAAGGGAUUUGAGCUCGAUUCAUAAUGUGCUACCCUUGCCUUGAAAUGGGAAGGCUGGCUUAGAAGGGGCUUGGCUGGCACAAAAGCUUCACGUUGUGUGUCCCACCAGCACAGGAGAGAGAGAGAGACAGAGAGAGACUGUGGGCAAGAGGAAACCUAGCAGCAGUGCCAGCCCUGCACUGAAACAAUGAAGGCUCUCCUGUUACUGGUCCUACCUUGGCUAAGUCCUGCAAACUACAUAGACAAUGUGGGCAACCUGCACUUCUUGUACUCCGAGCUAUGUAAAGGAGCCUCCCACUAUGGCCUUACCAAGGAACGGAAGAGGCGUUCCCAAGACUGCUCUCCAGACCAUGGCUCCAGCUUAGCAGUAGCUGCCCUGGGCCCUGAGCUCUCUGCAGCUGCUGCCAUCGCCUUAAUGACCGAUGAGCCAGGCCUGGUGAACCCAGCCUUCAGCCCCACCUCGGAGGAGAGCCAGGCGGCCAGCAGCCCUGCAGACCUGCAGCGCACCCACCGCAACAGGACUCGACACUUUGAACGCUCCACUAUCAGAAGCAGAUCUUUCAAGAAAAUCAACAAGGCCUUCAGUGUUCUAAGGAGGACAAAAAGUGGAAGCGCCGUUUCCAACCAAACCGACCGGGAGAGGGAGGCUGCUGGGAACUCUGCUGCUGGAGAUGAAGGUUUCCCCAGGCUGUAUCACCUGAUUCCAGAUGGGGAAAUCACCUGCAUCAAGAUCAGCCGGAGCGACCCCCAUGAGAACCUGGCCAUCAGGAUCGUGGGAGGCAGCGAGACUCCUCUAGCACACAUCAUCAUCCAGCACAUCUAUCGAGAUGGGGUCAUUGCCAGAGAUGGAAGAUUACUGCCUGGAGACAUGAUCCUGAAGGUGAACGGCAUGGACGUCAAAAAUGUGCCUCACAACUACGCCCUGUCCCUGCUGAAGCAGCCCUGCCAUGUGCUGCGCCUGACGGUGCUCCGGGAGCAGCGGUACCGCUGCCGGCACAGCAGCCUCCCCCUCGACGCUCACCGCGGCAGGGACGACAGCUUCCACGUCGUGCUGAACAAGAGCAGCCCGGACGAGCAGCUGGGGAUCAAGCUGGUGCGCAGGGCCGAUGAGCCGGGGGUGUUCAUUUUCAACCUGCUGGAAGGCGGCGUGGCCGCCCGCGACGGGCAGCUGCAGGAGAACGACCGCGUCCUGGCCAUCAACGGCCGCGACCACCGCUACGGCAGCCCCGAGAGCGCCGCCCAGCUCAUACAGGCCAGCGAGAAGCAGGUCCACUUCAUCGUGUCACGGCAGACAAGGCAGCAGACCCCAGAUAUCUUGCAGGAGACAGGAUGGAGUUAUGGCAACCCCCAGCCCUGUCCUGCUGAGAGAAACAACCCCAGCAAGAGCAGCCUGCAUGCUGUCACCUGUCACGAGAAGGUGGUGUCUGUCCGGAAGGAUCACACAGAAUCCCUGGGGAUGACUGUGGCAGGCGGAGCCUCUCACCGGGAGUGGGAUUUGCCCAUCUAUGUGAUCAGUGUGGAGCCUGGAGGAGUUAUCAGCAGAGACAGCAGGAUAAAAACAGGUGACAUCCUCCUGAACGUGAACGGCAUCGACCUGACGGGGGUGAGCCGGAGCGAGGCCGUGGCCCUGCUGAAGAACACCAACUCCUCAGUGGUGCUCAAAGCUCUGGAGAUGAGAGCCUGUGAAGCCCAGGAGGAGCCAGGCCACCUGCCCGCCUCUGAAGCCACGCAGGAGACCUCCGAGAGCAGCGAGUGGUCACCGUCCUGGGUGAUGUGGCUGGGACUGCCACGGUAUUUGUACAGCUGCAAAGAAAUCGUCUUGCGAAGAAACACAGCUGGGAGCCUUGGCUUCAGCAUCGUGGGAGGCUACGAAGAGCACACUGGGAACAAACCCUUCUUCAUCAAGUCCAUUGUUGGAGGAACACCAGCAUACAACGAUGGCAGAAUCAGGUGCGGCGACAUCCUCCUGGCUGUCAACGGCAGGAACACCUCAGGAAUGAUGCACUCCUGCUUGGCAAGGAUGCUCAAAGAACUGAAGGGCAAAAUCACUCUCACCAUUGUGUCCUGGCCUGGCACUCUUGUAUAAGAGUGGGGCAGGGAGCCAAAAA